AUGAUUGCCCGGUUGGAGCAAAGAUGCAAUGUUCUGACCGCGGCUAUUCAACGGAACGAUAAGGGAAAAGCUUCCCUGGUGGAAAACCUUUUGCAGAAGACCACCUCCCCAUUCACUGAGGAGGUGGCAAAUAUUUGCCUUCUUGAGAAGUUCAAAGUCCCAGAGAUCCCAUUUUAUACGGGACUUGAAGAUCCCGUGGAGCACCUAGAUAAUUUCAGAGCCCACAUGGAUCUCCAUCGAACACCCGAGAUGGUGGCCUGCCGAGCCUUUCCUUUGACCCUCUCGGGCAAUGCCCGUGACUGGUUCAGGAGCCUCCCGCCAAAUUCCAUUCGUCAUUUCGAGGACCUCGGCAGGAUGUUCCUGACGCAGUUCAUGGCCGGCAGGGUCAGAAGAAAGCCGUCGGGAUCCUUAAUGUCAUUACACCAAGGGCCCGAGGAAUCCCUCAAAGAUUUCUUUAUGAGGUUCAACCAGGCUAGACUUGAAGCCGAAGCAGCAACAGAUGAUUUCAUCUACGGAGCUCUCUUUCAGGGAAUCCGAAAAGAUGGAGCACUAAUGGCUGAUAUAGCCAGGAAGCCCCCUCAGAAUUUAGAUGGCUUUAUGAGUAAAGCCGAGAAGUACAUUAACCAGGAGGAGACACUCCGAGCUCUGUUGGGACCCGAGAUUGCACGCCCAUCCACUUCCGGGAACCCAAAAAAGAAGAAUCCUCGGAAGGACGAACGGAAGCGGGUUCCAGAAGAAGAGGCUAGGCCAAAGCGGGAUCAAGAGUCCCUAAGGGGUCACAACUGGACACCCCUCAACGCCCCAAUUAUGGACGUUCUCCUGGAGAUAAGGCGAGACCCGACGUACAGAAAUCCCAGACCGGUGCUCGCAAAUCCGCAUUCACGAUACGCUGACCAGUAUUGUGCGUUUCAUGAUACUACCGGUCAUCGCACAGAAGCUUGCAUAUCCUUGAGGCUUCUGAUUGAACGCUUCAUAGAAAACAGAAAACUUGUCCGUUUCCUCGCAGAUCAAAGAACUCAGCAAGACCCGGAGCCCGCCAAUCGCCCCCAUCAGAAUCGGUUCCAUCAGAAUCAAAACAAUCCCCGGGAUGAUCGGGUAAGAAAUCAGGAAAGGGGAAUGGAACCGGAGCGCAGGCCAGACCCUCGGGAUGCACGAGAAAAAAAACCUCCAAAAUCACGAAAACGAGACGCCCAAGUGAUCGGGUUCUCAGAUGAUGAUUACGCAGGAGUAUCACUCCCACAUACCGACGCUCUGGUACUGAGUCUGGCCAUAGCCAACCACAAAAUACACCGCAUCUUGGUUGACACAGGCAGCUCGGCUGACAUCCUCUACAGAUCAGCCUUUGAGCAAAUGAAGAUUGAUCGGAGUAAGGUGAUCCCGGCAAGACAUUCGCUUGUGGGAUUCACAGGAGAGCAAGUACUCCCACUCGGGUCCAUCGAGCUUCCGGUCACAGCAGGGAUGUACCCGAGACAGAGGACGAUAAUGGUUCGGUUUUUGAUAAUCGACCGACCAUCAGCUUACAACGCCAUCCUCGGAAGAACAGCCCUCAAUGAAUUUAGGGCUGUGACCUCAACGCCUCAUCUGAGCAUGAAAUUCCCCACCGAAGAGGGAGUCGGUGUUGAAAAAGGAGACCAGAGGAUGGCCCGAGAGUGUUAUAAUACAAGUUUGAAGAAGCUCCCGGAAGCUGCGAGACUCGGGGAGAAGAAGAAGGACGAAGAAAAAUAG